AUGACGGCGGAACAAGUGCCCCAGUUGUCAAUGCUGUACAAGGUGGCAACCGGAACCUCCCAGGAGCGGGGUUACGGGAUAGCUCUUGCUCGGGCUAUCGGGUUCCCAGAAGAAGUUCUGCGCGACGCAGAAGAGAUUUCGCGGUCCAUGGUGGAAAGACACCAAUCAAAACAAAAGAGUUCGGAGUUCAGAAAGGUGCAGCGUCGGCGAAAGCUCAUGCUCAACCUUGACGAGACACUACGAACCUUGGAAAAUUCCGAUAUGGACCAGGACGCCUUUCAGAGUUGCCGCGCCCGCCUUCGUGCCGAAUUUAUUCUUAAAAUGACAGAGAUUGAAGAGGAGGCGUCAAGGGAGUCGGACUCUGAGACAGGGCCCCGGCCGGCGCUCACGGCCGCGUUUGUGGAGACAGGUAAGUGA